GCUGAUUAAUUAACUAACGGUCAUUCAGCAAUGUCCGCACAAUUUACAGCCUUGCUGGAAUGAAAUCGGGACCAAAACAAAAGAGAAGCAUAUCAUUUUCUCUGAGAUGACAUAAGGGUUGCACAAUCUCAGCGAUGGCAGCUGGAAAUAUGGCCUAAUCAAGCCCAAAACGAUGAAAUCAAUAACAUACGGCAAUUCUCGCCCCUGAGACACCAAUGGAGUGGCUGGUUGGUAUUGUCCAUCUCACUUCCACAUCUGACAGUGCAGUAUUCAACAGCUGAACUCCCGGCCUUCUGCUGGCUAAGUCACCAGUGGGAUACAAACUUUGAACAUCUUGACUGCACAUGAACAAGCAUGGCUAGAGAAGCAUGGGUGUGCGUGAUCGUACAUUUCUUUGGUCACCAUGUCAAUUAACAUCAGUGAGCCAAAGCCUGGAAUUACUGGCUUUGCCGAUCACAGGCUAGGGAGGAGAUCCCGCCCGGCGAGGGCCACCUGCCUUCGAUAUUGACGGCGACGGACAAAACAGUUCCGUGAGGAAAUAUUGAAACACGGGGAAAACAAUCUUGGUUGAAUGCAGAAUCGACAAAUGCACAGCGAGUGACAGCUGUGUAGGUUUCCCCACCAGUUGAAUUGACCAGAGAUUUGCAUAGAUCCUCGUACAGUGACAGCGCAGUGCCACUGACUACGCUGACCGGUCUAACGAGUCUGGCUGCAGUCGCAGACAUGGGAGAUAGUUAGCAAGGCAGGACGCUCGCAACUUGGGGGCUUGCACGGAAUGGGAUACCACAGUGUUUAAAUAAACAAGCCAAUGCAGUUGAAGACCUAAUUCUCGGAGUAUAAAUUGUACAAAAUGGCCAUUGACAUGGGAUUCAAUGAAACCCUUCAACAAGAAACCAAACUGGAGGCGUACUCAGUGGUGUUGUCAGUCACGACGCUGUUGCUGGCCGCCAUUGGAGGAGGAGCAGGCAGCCUAACAGUCAUCUGCGCCAUCCUGGAGGGCAAGUCCAUCCACAAACUCAGCUACUCCAUUAUCCUCGUCCUUCUGUUCGCUUGUCUGGUACUCGACCUGUUGUGGACUCCGCAGGAGAUUCUUCACCUCCUGUACUACCACUACACAUAUCAGAACCCUACCCAAUACUUCAAAAUAUUUGUACAUGGGAUGUACCUGUUGUUGUCUAUCGUUAUGGCUGUCGCCAUUGUGUUUGUGUCCGCGGAAAAUAUCUUCCGACAGUGCAGUCACAUGGGAAAGAUGUUUCAGAAAAUAUGGUCCAUUACAGGAAGCAUUACGGCUGUGCUGGUCGGCCUGUGUAUGGCUGGCUCGUACCUGGUCAUCUCCACGCAGAAUGAAACCAACGUGCCGGAGUAUUUUGUCGUCUUCAAUAGCCGUUCGUUCUGCAUGAAAGUGGUGAUUCUUGGAAUCUUUACGUUUCUUGUUCUGGCCAUCAUGUUGUGUGUCAUCUUCAGUGCAAUAAUACACAAAAAGCAUUCUGGAGGUUUCCAUGGCAACAGCAAUAGCGGAUGUAAACACCAGGUUCCGACUCUUCUGAUACGAGACCCCGAAGGCAACCCGUCUGAAGACGAGUCGGAAGACACUCCAUCUGUCCAUGCAGCCUCCCCUCUGCCCCUCCUGGCUAUCAACGCUGCAGGCGGGCCAAGCAGAGACGGACCUAUGCCCAUAUCACCCAAAAAUAAAAAUAUGCUUGGCGUCAAUAUGACCCAGAUCCUGGGCCGGCGGCGCCACACAAUCUGUCAGAUUGGUGACUCCAGCACAAACUUCAUGGAUCCUGCGGAGAAGGCUAAAAAGUACACCUAUGUUAGAAAGUUUUCUGUGGAUAUAUCAGCCCUUCAGGCUCAACUGGAGAAUCCAAAAUUAUUCAGUGGCAAAGCACCAUUUCAGUCUGACACAGAUCUGCAAUCCAAGUCUCGCAAUAAUUCCCAGAAAGGUCGGCUUCCCUUGAAGACACCAGUGUUGAAAUUUGAUGAGAAAGAUGAAAAGGUAGAAAGCGAGGAGGUGAAAAACGAUGUUCGCCCGAUGUUGCCGUUGAUUACCGUGUCAGACGACGAGGGAACAGAGAAGGAGGAGGUGGAUGCUAAGUCAGAACACGAGAGUGUGGAAGAAGGGAGCGAGAAGGACAAGACAACCUUGACCUUCAAACUUCCAAACAUGUCUGAAGAAUGUCAUGGCAGUGAUCAUGAGAGUUUGCAUAGUUUUGACAAUGACUCCACCACUGAUCUGACUCUCAGUUUCACCAAACUGUCUUGUCUUCUGUCCGUGACAUUCUGUCUGUGCACUCUCCCCCUCUUCCUGACUGAAGUACUACGAAACCAUCUCUCCACCAUCGCAUACAUCAACAUCACCACAUGUACGCUUGCCCUGUCCACGAUACAAACAAUCAUAUACCCACAGGUCAUCAUCUGCAUGGACAGUGUCGUACACCGCGCCGUGCAUAAACUCUGGAUCCGAUUCCUGCGGCGGUGUCGAUGCACGGCGGCCAGCAUUGAUGAGGAUGGGGAGGAAAACAGGACAAAUUUGAAUACUGACACAAGCCAGGUGUAAAUACAUAUCCCCAUGAAUCCCAUCCUCGAUUAUCCAGUGUAUUUACAUCAACAUCAUAUUUCAAUAAAUACGCAGGACCCAUCUUUUAUGAUAAAAAAAAAUACAUGUCCAAUUUAUGAUGUGACACAUUUUUAAAAUCAUAUUCAAAUCAUAUUAUGCUAAUGAGUGAGAGAAUUUCUUUGCUAUUUAGUUAGAGACAGGAGAGAUGGAGAAAGUGAUGUCACAAACAAACAAAGAUGACGAAUGGACCCUGAGUAUUUAUCAUAAUAUUGUUUCUUUGUUUGUUGAUUAACGCAACACUCAAAAAUAUUCCAGCAAUAUGACGGCGGUCUGUAAAUAAUUGA